CCCCGGGUACAAGUAGGGCGAGCCCCGCGCGACGCUACCAGACGACGAUCCGGAGAUCAGGAGCGAGGAAGCAGGAGUGCAAAACACCCGUAAAGCCGAAAAUGGAUUCAGGUGGAGUUAAAGUGCUGGAGUCAGCAGAUGACAUCCAGGAGAGAAGACAGCAGGUUUUGGAUCGUUACAAGCGGUUCAAGGAGCUUUCCGGCAUCAGGCGCCAGAAGCUAGAGGACUCCUACCGAUUCCAGUUCUUUCAACGCGAUGCUGACGAGCUUGAAAAAUGGAUCCAGGAGAAGCUCCAGAUCGCUUCCGACGAAAACUACAAGGAUCCCACAAACCUUCAGGGAAAACUCCAGAAACACCAGGCAUUCGAGGCUGAAGUCCAGGCCAAUUCUGGAGCCAUUGUUAAACUGGACGAGACUGGAAAUCUGAUGAUCUCAGAAUCUCAUUUUUCCUCCGAGACUAUCCGAUUACGUUUAGUGGAGCUGCAUCGUCUAUGGGAACUCUUACUGAUGAAGAUGCAAGAGAAAGGAAUCAAACUGCAGCAGGCCCAAAAACUGGUCCAGUACCUGCGGGAAUGUGAGGAUGUUCUGGAUUGGAUCAAUGACAAGGAAGCCAUUGUGACAUCAGAGGAGCUGGGGCAAGAUCUGGAGCAUGUGGAAGUCUUGCAGAAGAAGUUUGAAGAGUUCCAAACGGACUUGGCAGCCCACGAGGAGAGAGUGAAUGAAGUUAAUCAGUUAGCCGGAAAGUUGGCCCAAGAGGAACAUCCUGAACUUGAAAUAAUAAAGACCAAACAAGAGGAAGUCAAUACCAGCUGGCAGAGAUUGAAAGGCCUGUCUCAGCAGAGACAAGGCAAACUGUUUGGAGCUGCCGAAGUCCAGCGUUUUAACAGAGAUGUGGAUGAGACUAUUGGCUGGAUCAGGGAGAAGGAGCAGCUGAUGGCAUCAGAUGACUUUGGAAGAGACUUGGCCAGCGUGCAAGCUCUCCUGCGUAAGCAUGAAGGACUGGAGCGAGACCUGGCAGCUCUUGAGGAGAAGGUAAAAGCCCUGUGCUCAGAGUCGGAGCGCCUGCAGCAGUCCCACCCUCAGAAUGCGCAACAGAUUCAGGUGAAAGGGACUGAGCUGAUCAACAACUGGGAGCAGAUCCGCACUUUGGCAGCUGAGCGCCACACCCGCCUCUACGACGCCUACAAGCUACAGAGAUUCCUUGCAGACUUUAGAGACUUGACUAGCUGGGUAACCGAAAUGAAGGCUCUCAUCAAUGCUGAUGAACUAGCCAAUGAUGUGGCUGGAGCGGAGGCUCUUCUCGAUAGACACCAAGAACAUAAGGGAGAAAUUGAUGCCCAUGAGGACAGUUUCAAAGCCGCAGACGCCGCAGGACAGGACUUGCUCAAUGCUGGACACUAUGCCUCAGAGGAAGUCAAGGAGAAGCUCACCAUCUUGGCAGAAGAGAGGUCCUCCCUCCUGGAGCUGUGGGAGCUGCGCAGACAGCAGUAUGAGCAGUGUAUGGACCUGCAACUUUUCUACAGGGAUACCGAACAAGUGGACAACUGGAUGAGCAAGCAGGAAGCCUUCCUGCUCAAUGAAGACCUGGGAGAUUCUCUGGAUAGUGUGGAGGCACUUCUGAAGAAACAUGAAGAUUUUGAAAAAUCCCUCAGUGCCCAAGAAGAGAAGAUCACGGCCCUUGAUGAAUUUGCCACAAAACUUAUUCAGAAUAAACACUAUGCAAUGGAUGAUGUUGCCACGCGCAGAGACGCGCUCCUAAGUCGUCGUAACACACUUCAUGAGCGAGCUCUUUACCGUCGCACUCAGCUGGCCGACUCCUUCCAUCUCCAGCAGUUCCUCAGGGACUCUGAUGAAUUGAAGAGCUGGAUUAAUGAGAAGAUGAAGACUGCCACUGAUGAGGCCUACAAGGAUCCCUCCAAUCUCCAGGGUAAGGUGCAGAAACACCAGGCUUUUGAGGCUGAACUCUCUGCCAACCAGAGUCGCAUUGAUGCACUGGAGAAUUCUGGACAGAAAUUGAUCGAUGUCAACCAUUAUGCAUCCGAUGAGGUGGCAGCUCGUAUGGACGAAGUCCUCACCUUGUGGAAAAGGCUGUUGGAAGCCACUGAACUGAAAGGCAUUAAGCUACGCGAAGCCAACCAGCAACAACAAUUUAAUCGGAAUGUGGAGGACAUCGAACUGUGGUUAUAUGAGGUGGAGGGACAUUUGGCUUCAGAUGACUAUGGCAAAGAUUUAACUAAUGUGCAGAACCUUCAGAAGAAGCAUGCUCUACUAGAAGCUGAUGUGACGGCUCACCAGGACCGUAUAGAUGGGAUCACCAUCCAGGCACGUCAGUUUCAGGAGGCCGGACAUUUCGAUUCGGAUAACAUCAAGAAAAAGCAGGAGGCUUUGGUCGGACGCUAUGAAGCUUUAAAAGAACCCAUGGUUGCUCGCAAACAGAAGCUAUCUGACUCUCUGCGUCUGCAGCAGCUGUUCAGAGAUAUUGAAGAUGAAGAAACCUGGAUCAGGGAGAAGGAACCUAUUGCUGCCUCCACAAACAGAGGCAAGGAUUUGAUCGGUGUUCAGAACCUGCUGAAGAAGCACCAGGCUUUGCAAGCUGAAAUAGCUGGACACGAGCCACGUAUCAAAGCUGUCACACAAAAGGGAAACAACAUGAUCACUGAAGGACAUUUUGCGUCUGAUGAUGUGAAAGUGAAGUUGAGGGAACUGAACGAUAAGUGGGCAUCUCUGAGGAACAAGGCAUCACAGCGAAGACAGGAUCUAGAAGAUUCUCUCCAGGCUCAGCAGUACUUUGCUGAUGCCAAUGAAGCCGAGUCCUGGAUGAGAGAAAAGGAGCCAAUUGUAGGAAGCACCGACUAUGGCAAAGAUGAGGACUCUGCAGAGGCUCUUCUGAAGAAACACGAAGCUCUGAUGUCUGAUCUCCGGGCAUAUGGAAGCAGCAUCCAAUCGCUAAGGGAGCAGGCCCAAGGUUGCCGGCAACAAGUUGCACCAACAGAUGACGAGACUGGAAAGGAGCUAGUUCUGGCUUUGUAUGAUUAUCAGGAGAAGAGCCCAAGGGAAGUGACCAUGAAGAAAGGAGACAUCCUAACGCUGUUGAAUAGCACAAAUAAGGACUGGUGGAAAGUGGAAGUGAAUGACCGUCAGGGCUUUGUACCUGCUGCGUAUGUGAAGAAGCUGGAUCCCGCACAGUCUGCUUCUCGGGAAAACCUGCUGGAUGAACAAGGAAGCAUUGCAUUGCGUCAGGAACAGAUCGAUGGACAGGCUGUCCUAUCAAAGGAAGCUGGCAGUGUAUCUCUGCGUAUGAAUCAGGUUUCAGAAUUAUAUCACAACAUCUUGGAGGUGGGGGAGAAGCGUAAAGACAUGUUGGAGAAAAGCUGCAAGAAGUUUAUGCUGUUCCGUGAAGCCAAUGAACUUCAGCAGUGGAUCAAUGAGAAGGAAACUGCGCUCAACAGUGAGGAAGUUGCGGCAGAUCUGGAGCAAGUUGAAGUGUUGCAGAAGAAGUUCGAUGAUUUCCAGAAGGAUUUGAAGGCUAAUGAAUCACGUCUGAAGGAUAUCAACAAGGUUGCCGAUGAGUUGGAAUCUGAGGGGCUCAUAACUGAAGAAGUCCAGGCUGUACAACAGCAGGAGGUGUAUGGCAGCAUGCCAAAGGAUGAGGCUGAUGCCAAGGGAGCAUCGCCAUGGAAGAGUGUGAGGACAGCCGUGAACGCUGUGGCUACAUUUAAUUCAAUCAAGGAGCUGAAUGACCAGUGGAAGUCCCUUCAGCAGUUGGCAGAGGAGAGAAGCCAGCUGCUGGGCAGCGCUCAUGAAGUGCAGAGAUUCCACAGAGAUGCAGAUGAGACCAAAGAAUGGAUUGAGGAGAAGAACCAGGCUCUAAACACUGACAGCUACGGACACGAUCUGGCCAGCGUUCAAGCACUGCAGCGAAAGCACGAGGGAUUCGAGAGAGACCUUGCCGCUUUGGGAGACAAGGUAAAUUCCCUGGGAGAGACUGCAGAGCGACUGAUCCAGUCACAUCCAGAAUCUGCUGAGGACAUCCAGGAGAAGUGCACAGAGCUGAACCAAGCUUGGAACAGCCUUGGCAAAAGGGCUGACAAACGUAAAGAUAAGCUAGGAGAUUCUCAUGACCUGCAGCGCUUCCUGAGUGACUUCAGGGACCUAAUGUCCUGGAUCAAUGGAAUCCGUGGCUUGGUAUCAUCUGAUGAGCUUGCCAAAGAUGUCACUGGAGCCGAAGCCCUGUUGGAGAGACACCAGGAGCACCGCACAGAGAUUGACGCCAGAGUUGGCACUUUCCAGGCCUUUGAGCAGUUUGGGCAGCAGCUGCUGGCUCGCGGGCAUUACGCCAGCCCUGAAAUCAAGGAAAAGCUGGACAUACUAGAUCUGGAACGUGCCAGUUUGGAAAAAGCCUGGGUGCAGCGCAGGAUGAUGCUGGAUCAGUGCUUGGAACUGCAGCUCUUCAAUAGAGACUGCGAGCAAGCUGAAAACUGGAUGGCUGCCCGUGAGGCUUUCCUUAACAGCGAAGACAAAGGGGACUCAUUGGACAGCGUUGAGGCUCUCAUCAAGAAACACGAGGACUUCGAUAAAGCUAUUAAUGUACAGGAAGAGAAGAUCGCAGCUUUACAGGGUUUCGCUGACCAGUUAAUAACCGCCGACCACUAUGCCAAGGGAGACAUUGCCACUCGCCGUAAUGAAGUACUAGACAGGUGGCGUCGUCUGAAGGCUCAGAUGAUUGAGAAGCGAUCCAAGCUUGGCGAAUCUCAGACUCUGCAACAAUUUAGUAGAGAUGUAGAUGAGAUUGAAGCCUGGAUCAGCGAGAAGCUUCAGACUGCAAGCGAUGAGUCCUACAAGGAUCCCACAAACAUCCAGCUUUCCAAACUCCUGAGCAAACAUCAGAAGCACCAGGCAUUUGAGGCUGAGCUGCAAGCUAAUGCAGAUCGUAUCCGUGGUGUCAUAGACAUGGGCAAUUCCCUCAUAGAUCGUGGAGCUUGUGCCGGCAGCGAGGAUGCAGUGAAGGCUCGUUUAGCAGCACUGGCAGACCAGUGGCAGUUCCUGGUGCACAAAUCUGGUGAGAAGAGCCAAAAGUUGAAAGAGGCCAACAGGCAGCAAAACUUCAACACUGGCAUCAAGGACUUUGAUUUCUGGCUGUCUGAGGUGGAGGCUUUGCUAGCCUCAGAGGAUUAUGGGAAGGACUUGGCAUCUGUCAAUAACUUGCUGAAGAAACACCAGCUGCUUGAAGCUGAUAUAUCUGCCCAUGAGGACCGUCUGAAGGAUUUGAACGGACAGGCUGACAGCCUGAUGACCAGUAGUGCUUUUGAUACUUCCCAAGUGAAGGAGAAGCGUGAUGCCAUCAAUGAUCGCUUCCAGCGCAUUAAAGGAAUGGCGACUGGUCGCCGCAGUAAGCUCAACGAGUCCCAUCGCCUUCAUCAGUUCUUCAGAGACUUGGAUGAUGAGGAGUCUUGGAUCAAGGAGAAGAAACUCUUGGUUGGCUCCGAUGAUUAUGGCCGAGAUCUGACUGGAGUGCAAAAUCUGAGAAAGAAACACAAGAGACUGGAGGCAGAACUGGCUGCCCAUGAGCCAGCUAUUCAGGGUGUUCUGGAGACUGGUAAGAAACUAGCCGAUGACAACACUAUUGGAAAGGAUGAAAUUCAGCAGAGACUGGCUCAGUUUGUGGAACACUGGAAGGAGCUCAAGCAGCAAGCCUCAGCCAGGGGUCAGAGGCUGGAAGAAUCUCUGGAGUACCAACAGUUUGUUGCCAAUGUUGAAGAAGAGGAAGCUUGGAUCAAUGAGAAGAUGACUCUGGUUGCCAGUGAGGACUAUGGUGAUACCCUGGCUGCCAUUCAGGGAUUACUCAAGAAGCACGAGGCAUUUGAGACAGACUUCUCAGUACACAAGGAAAGGGUUCAUGAUGUCUGCGCUAACGGAGAAGAUCUUAUCCGAAAGAAUAAUCAUCACGUAGAUAAUAUCAGCGCCAAAAUGCAAGGCCUUAGGGGCAAAGUGUCAGAGCUUGAGAAGGCAGCCGCUCAGCGCAAAGCCAAACUUGAUGAAAACUCUGCCUUCCUGCAGUUUAACUGGAAGGCGGAUGUGGUGGAAUCCUGGAUAGGUGAGAAGGAAAACAGCCUGAAGACAGAUGACUAUGGCAGAGAUCUGUCCUCUGUGCAGACACUUCUUACUAAGCAGGAAACCUUUGAUGCUGGACUCCAAGCAUUCCAACAGGAAGGCAUCACCAACAUCACUGCACUAAAAGACAAGUUACUUGCAGCCAAGCAUGUGCAGUCCAGGGCUAUCGAGACCCGCCAUGCCUCCCUGAUGAAACGAUGGAACCAACUGCUGGAUAAUUCUGCUGCCCGAAAGAAGAAGCUUCUGGAGGCACAAGAGCACUACAGAAAGGUCGAAGACUUAUUCUUGACAUUUGCCAAGAAAGCAUCUGCAUUCAACAGCUGGUUUGAGAACGCAGAAGAGGACCUGACUGAUCCAGUCCGCUGCAAUUCCCUUGAGGAAAUCAAGGCUCUGCGUGAAGCACACGAUGCAUUCCGAAACUCCCUCAGCUCCGCGCAGACUGACUUCAACCAGCUAGCUGAACUGGACCGACAGAUCAAGGGUUUCCGGGUGGCUUCCAAUCCAUACACCUGGUUCACCAUGGAAGCUCUGGAAGAGACUUGGCGCAACCUGCAGAAAAUCAUAAAGGAACGUGAACUGGAACUUCAGAAGGAACAGCGAAGACAAGAGGAGAACGAUAAGCUGCGUCAAGAGUUUGCCCAACAUGCCAAUGCAUUCCAUCAGUGGAUCCAGGAGACUAGGACCUAUCUUCUGGACGGGUCUUGCAUGGUUGAAGAAUCUGGAACAUUGGAGUCUCAAUUGGAAGCCACUAAGAGGAAGCAUCAGGAGAUUCGGGCAAUGAGAAGUCAGCUGAAAAAGAUAGAGGACCUGGGAGCGGCUAUGGAGGAGGCAUUGAUAUUGGACAAUAAAUACACAGAACACAGUACAGUGGGACUGGCACAACAAUGGGACCAAUUAGAUCAGCUGGGCAUGAGAAUGCAACACAACCUCGAACAGCAAAUCCAAGCCAGAAACACAACGGGUGUCACAGAAGAAGCUCUUAAGGAAUUCAGCAUGAUGUUCAAGCACUUCGACAAGGACAAGUCUGGUCGUCUUAACCACCAGGAGUUCAAGUCUUGCUUGAGGUCUCUUGGAUACGAUCUUCCAAUGGUGGAGGAAGGAGAACCUGAUCCAGAAUUUGAAAACAUCCUAGACAUCGUAGACCCCAACAGAGACGGGCACGUGUCCUUACAAGAAUACAUGGCAUUCAUGAUUAGCAGGGAAACUGAAAAUGUGAAGUCCAGCGAGGAAAUUGAAAGUGCAUUCCGGGCGCUCAGCACUGAGCAGAAACCAUUUGUCACAAAGGAAGAACUCUACCAGAACCUGACACGUGAACAGGCAGACUACUGCAUCUCACACAUGAAACCUUAUACGGACAGUAAGGGCCGAGAGUUGCCCUCUGCAUACGACUAUGUGGAAUUCACGCGUUCGUUAUUCGUGAACUGACGUAGCCGAAUUAAAGCUCUUGCUCGUGCCUGCUACCUUUGGCUGUGCAUGUCCUCUUUCUACCCACACCCCGUACCUGCACUGUGUUGUCAUUGUUUUAGCUUUGGGUCUAGCCAACUGAAGAAGCAAUAUAAGCAGUGUGCUUUAAUAAACGCUAAAUAUUCA